GUUUGGGGCGCGACUAAAGAGGUGAGGUGGUCCGUGCAGACGCGUUUGGUCAACCCGGCCCCGGCCAAAGGUUAUGCCGGCUUUUUGGGACUAGGCGGGGCUGUUGACGGAACACCUGUCCCAGGAUGAGCUUGUAGCGUGGGCCAGGACGACGGGGUUGCCUUCAUCGUUGCCUUCUUAAACUGACGCCAAAAUGUCUCCCGGAAUGACCCUCUUCUCCGUCCAGGCUGUUCUAAUCCUGGGCACUGAGGAUGGAGCGAGAAUAUUCUCCAAAUACUUCUCCCCUCCCCACGAUUCUGGCUCGAAAAAUCCUUAUCCCGAUGCCAAGUCGCAGAAGGCUUUCGAAAAAGGCUUAAUCGAAAAGACUGCCAAGCAGACCGGAGACAUUAUCCUCUACGACAACCGCAUCGUGCUCUAUAAGCUCGAGUCCGAUGUUAUGCUCUACGUCAUUGGCGCUGCCGAUGAAAAUGAGAUUCUUCUAUAUAACACUGUGCUCGCCUUAAGGGACUCUCUUCACCUUCUCUUCAAGCAAUCCGUUGAUAAGCGUACCAUUAUUGAGAACUACGAUCUAGUUUCUCUUGCUAUUGACGAAAUUGUUGAUGAUGGUAUCAUCCUCGAAACAGACCCCACGAUCAUUGUCCAGCGCGUCAGCCGAGCCCCGACACAAGACACACCAGUUGGCCGCAUUGACCUGAGCGAGCAGGGCGUCAACAAUCUAGCACAGUACGGCAAAUCGAAAUUGGCUGACUGGCUGCGACAAGGUCUCUGAUAGCGAUGAAUUUAUUCUUCUGAUCGGGUGCGGCUACGAUUUUGGGACGAAUAUCAACUUUCGGUUCGUCUGGGAAGCGCUACGCGACGAAUGACGAUAAAAUGUACGGUGUAGAGACGGGAUGACACAAGACAUGGCUUUCUUGACACGCCAGUCACGCUAAUGAUGUGUACCAAGAAUUCUCUUAAUAAAACGGGUAUAAAUUAUAUAUGAGUCGUUCACGAAAUCUAUGACCGUAUUUCUGACGCUGCCUUGCGUAGUCUGUUCAUCACCGCUGCAGCAAUAUCUAUUUUAUCGUCUAUGCCUUCCACAAAAAUAACAUCUACCCCUAGGCUGUCCAGAUCUCGCAAUGCAGAGAAAAGCCCUUGUGCAAUCUUUCUUAUAUCGCUUCCUAAGUUGACGUCAAUCACCCGGCUAGUCGUCAUUCCCGAUUUGCUGCGUAACUCUGCAGUUGUGACUUCGUACAGGGCGUUCUGAAUGAUUUUGUGGCCGUUCACUUCACUUGUCCCAUUGGUUGCUUCUUUGGCUACCAUUUGUAGACCGGCUCCGGCUUUCCAAAUUCGAGUUCGGAUAAUUCCAACCUGUUUACAACCAGCCCUGCUCGUGUUUAAAGUCUCUGCCAGAUCUUCUGCUGUAAGACCUGUCCUGCCAAGACUGACGCUGUCUUCAUAGAGUAUAACUCUCGCUUUGGGGCUAUAAUGCUUGUAUUUCAUACCAGGUGCCCUUGGUGCAGCUUUUCCCACUUCACUUUGAUCUUUAUACGCUUGCGCCACGUUUUCCCAUCCCGGACAACUUCGAAUCUCUUCCAAGCUGAUGCCUCCCGGUCGCAGUAUAACAGGAGGCUCACACAAGCCGUCAACGACUGUACUCUCGACACCGACUUGGCAUGGCCCGCCAUCAAGGAUAAGUUCUAUUCGACCAUUCAAGUCGUGUUUGACAUGAUGAGCUGCUGUCGGUGACGGCUUAGUGGAAGCGUUUGCUGAAGGUGCAGCUAAAGGGACGCCAGCUAGCUUAAUGAGAGACAGUGCAAGGGUUGACGACGGCAUGCGAGCUCCAAAAGUAGGCAGCCCAGCCGUCACUUCGGGUGCAAGUUUGGAUGGCUGGGCAUUUGGAAGUAAUAUUGUAAGUGGUCCAGGCCAAAAUUUGUCGAUAAGAGCUUUAUACAUGGUUGGUAUAGGGUCUUCAUCGGGCGUGGUGUUUUGCAGCAGCCCACGCAACAUUUGCAGGUCAGACACAUGAACAAUCAGGGGAUUGUCGGAAGGUCUCCCUUUUGCUGAAAAUAUUCCCUUGACGGAGGUACUUCGCGUUGCAUCGGCACCCAAUCCAUACACUGUUUCUGUUGGAAAGGCAACUGGUGUAUCGUUUGUUCGGAGGUAUUCGCCAGCGUCCCGCAACGGCCCGAUGACGUCUUCAGCAACACCAUUUACAGACCAUUCAUGCAAUCUUUCUACCCCAGCGGCAUUUUUGAAUUGACCGUAGAGCUCUCCAGGUCCAGAAACCUUGAUUAUUCGUGUUUCCAUCGCAAGGUGCUGCGGCGAUCCAAGAAAGAGCUGCCGUGUGAGGCGUGAUGUAAGUGUGCGGAUAUCGCUUUGAAAAGCCAGAUUGACGAGGCUUUGGGGUUAAAUUUGAAAUUUGAUUGUUCAAGAUGAUACCAUUAUUCGGGAUUUUGGCGGAAGUGAUCUUGUACGUAUGGACAGACUGUGAU